AUGCCUCUUUACCAGCCCCCCGACGUCAAUGCCCACGUGCUCUCGCAGUUUUCCCUCAAGGGCAAGAUUGCGGCAGUCACUGGUGGAGCCAGAGGCAUCGGCGUCGAGAUCGUGCGCGGCCUGGCCGAAGCAGGAGCCGACGUAGCCCUCAUCUACACGUCCAGCAAGGACGCCCACGAGACAGCCGCCCAGAUCGCGCAGGCGACGGGCGUGCGCGUGCAGGCCUUCCAGUCCGACGUCGCCGACCGCGAUGCCAUCGCCGCCACGGUGAACAAGAUCGCCGCCGAAUUCGGCCACGGCCGGCUGGACGUCAUGGUCGCGAACGCCGGCGUCUGCGCCAACGUCCCCAGCCUCGAGUACACCGAGGAGACGUGGCGCCGCAACAACAGCGUCAACCUGGACGGCGUCAUGUGGACCGCCCAGGCCGCCGGCAAGAUCUUCAAAGCCCAGGGCAAGGGGAACUUGGUCAUCACCGCCUCCGUCAGCGCCACCCUGGUCAACAUCCCGCAGACCCAGGCUGCCUACAACUCCUCCAAGGCCGCUGUGGUCCAUCUAGCCAAGAGCUUGGCCGUCGAGUGGACAGAUUUCGCGAGAGUCAACUGCAUUUCCCCAGGCUUUAUUCUCACCGAAAUGCUUACGAAACAGCCUCCGGAAUUGAUGGACCAGUGGCUGGCCCAGAUUCCGGGACGCCGUAUUUGUCACCCCGCCGAAUUGAAGAGUGCUUAUGUUUUCCUCGCGAGCGAUGCCUGUUCUUAUAUGACAGGUGCUGAUAUAAUCAUUGACGGCGGUUACACUCUUCCUUGA